CUCGGGCUUGGCUCCGCGUCGGGCCGGCCCCGCGGCCGCUCAUGGGCAGCCAGGGCGGCUUGGGGCCUCCCGGGAACGGCGGGCCCGGGGAGGGCGAGAGUCGGGAGGAGAGGAAACUGCAGGAGGGGAGGGUCGCGAGGGGGAAGCGAAGGAAGGGGAAGGGGAAAGGAAAAGCGGGAGCAGGGCAAGGCGGAAGAGGAAGCGGGGCGGAAGGGAAGCCGGAGCCGCUAAAGGCGAAGGAGGCAGCGGGGCUGGGGGCCGAGGCAGGAGCGAGAGCAGGCCCUGGAGAAGCAGGAGAGGGAGGCGGAAGCGUGGAGGAAGGGGAGAGAAGGAUCGUCAGGGGCGAUAAGGGGAGCGCAGGGGCGGGGAAGGAGGCCAAAGGAAGAGAUGAUGGGAAGAAGGAGGAUUGGAGGGUCAGAACUGGGCGGCGGGAAGAGGCCAGGCCGGCGAGAGCACAGGGACGAGGGGGUCAGGCUUGGGGCCGCCUCGCCGGGACUGGGGCGGCCAUGGCGGCUGCGGCUGAGGAAGAAGAGGAGGAGGCGGCGGCCCGGGAGCCGGCCGGCCGUCCCGCUGCGGGGCCCGCACUCUGGCGCCUGCCGGAGGAGUUGCUGCUGCUCAUCUGUUCCUACCUGGACAUGCAGGCCCUCGGCCGCCUGGCUCAGGUGUGCCGCUGGCUGCGGCGCUUCACCAGCUGCGACCUGCUCUGGCGCCGGAUAGCCCGGGCCUCUCUCAACUCCGGCUUCACGCGGCUCGGCACCGACCUGAUGGCCAGUGUACCAGUGAAGGAACGGGUGAGGGUGUCUCAGAACUGGAAGUUGGGGCGCUGCCGAGAGGGGAUUCUGCUGAAGUGGAGAUGCAGUCAGAUGCCCUGGAUGCAACUAGAAGGUGAUUCUUUGUACAUAUCCCAGGCUAAUUUCAUCCUGGCCUAUCAGUUCCGCCCAGAUGGUGCCAGCUUGAACCGGAGGCCCCUGGGAGUCUUUGCUGGGCAUGAUGAGGAUGUUUGCCACUUCGUGCUGGCCAACUCACAUAUUAUCAGUGCAGGAGGAGAUGGGAAGAUUGGCAUUCAUAAGGUUCAUAGCACCUUCACUGUCAAGUACUCAGCCCAUGAACAGGAGGUGAACUGUGUGGACUGCAAAGGGGGCAUCAUUGUGAGUGGCUCCAGGGACAGGACAGCCAAGGUAUGGCCUUUGGCCUCAGGCCGACUGGGGCAGUGCUUACACACCAUCCAGACUGAAGACCGAGUCUGGUCCAUUGCUAUCAGCCCAUUGCUCAGCUCUUUUGUGACAGGGACGGCUUGUUGUGGGCACUUCUCACCCCUAAGAAUCUGGGACCUCAACAGUGGGCAGCUGAUGACGCACCUGGGUAGUGACUUUCCGCCAGGGGCUGGAGUGCUGGACGUCAUGUACGAGUCCCCUUCCACACUCCUGUCCUGUGGCUAUGACACCUACGUUCGCUACUGGGACCUCCGUGCCAGUGUCCGGAAGUGUGUCAUGGAGUGGGAGGAGCCCCAUGACAGCACCCUGUACUGCCUGCAGACGGAUGGGAACCACUUGCUGGCCACUGGCUCCUCCUACUACGGCGUUGUACGACUGUGGGACCGGCGCCAAAGGGCCUGCCUGCACGCCUUCCCGCUGACAUCGACCCCCCUCAGCAGUCCUGUGUACUGCCUGCGCUUCACCACCAAGCAUCUCUAUGCUGCGCUAUCUUAUAACCUCCACGUCCUGGACUUUCACAACCCGUGACAGGGCCACCCCAGCCUGUGGGCCAGGAAAGCCAGCUACUCAGGGACCUCUCCUGCCUGGAGGAGACAGUGAUACCUCCUCCCCCACUGUGCCUGUGUUCCUUGGCCUGUGACUAUGGCGCUCGGGCACGCCAAGGUAAAGGCUGCUGACUCCUGGGCAUUAGGGUCACCCAGGGGCCUUCCCAGGAACCAGAUGGAGAGAAGGGACCUACUGCUUCAGGAGAGAGCAGCUGAACCCAGCCGGGCCUGGCUUCCCUGUUGGCCAGAGCAAGGAUCUGGCCUGGAGAGGCCCACCCCUUCUUAGAGCUGGGCUGCUCAGAGGUGAGGUGAGGUACUCCAGCCUUCCCAGCUGGUCCCUCCCUGCCCCUUUCUUGAAGGAGGUGGGGAGACUGCCAAUACCCCCAACCUCCACUUCAGUCAGACCCCACCCUUGACCAGCUCUUCGGCUGGGGACUCAUUCCUGGGGCACUGGGCCCUGGUCUUCCUUCAAAACCAAGGAUGGACAAAGGGAACCCUGCAGUUUUAGUGAAUUUAAGACAUGCUACAAUGUUCAUUUUUGUAAAAAUAAAGCUUGACUGUUCA